AUGACAUUUGUGGCAGUGAUGAUCGAGCUGUCCAGCGUUAAAAAAUUACAUGCAGAAGUUUUGAAGGCUAAUUGGUGCUCGAAAGACUCGUCUAUCCAGCGUUCUGGACGUGCUGGACGAGUGAUGCCUGGCAAGGCAUUUCACUUGUUUACGAAGGCAUUCCAUGGCUCGUGUAUGGCUCAGUACACCACCCCAGAAUUGUUACGCAAGCCGCUGGACCGCGUCAUCCUGCAGUUCACCGGACGUCUGAGCGAGUUUAAAGUGCCGAGUUCUCUUCUACGCGGAGCUUUGGAUGCUCCAGACCUCUCGCAUAUCGACAAUGCCUACAGGUUGUUGGCUUCUUUUGAUGCGAUUGACUCGGAAGAUGAGAAGGACUCUCGUUUGACAAGGUUCGGGUCUUUCGUCUGCCACUUACCACUCAGUCUUCAGCUGUGUCGACUGCUAAUGACUGGGUUGUACACUGUACAAGACAACACGGACCAGGUUGAAUCGUGUCCACUACUGCUGCAUACUGUCAUCUUGGUAUCAAUCCUGUCAACACCGGAUCUGUUUAUAAUGCUGUCAUUCUACCACAUCCGGUCAGCGCAAACUUAUCUGAAAGAAAUGAAGAAGAACCUCCAAGCAAAGCUAAAACUCGAUGGAGGAAUGUGGAGUGAGCCCUUGUCUAUUUGGCUCUUCUACAUGGAAACGAUGAGCGACCAACAAAUCAACAUCAAGAGCAAUCUGCGUGGGAUUUCCACAAGUUUGCUAUCUCCUCUCGUCGAUACCAAACGCUGAACUAUUUGAUUUCUGAUCUGUGCAAGCGGUUGAUUUCGCUGUCACAAACGCCCGAGUUCAGUCAGCU